AUCCUAGUGGUAGCUAGGCCUACUUAGAGGUGCAGUUGGUGGAUUUUUGCCUCGCCGUGUCAUAGUGUUGAACUAUAACCAUCUCACAUGGAUUAACGAACGGAUCGGGAAACAGCCCUAUUUUUUUAUUUUCGAUAUUGAAUCUACACGUAAAAUGCUAAGAAAAUUGACAGUAAUAGCUAGACAGCUAAAGGAUAUUAGCACAUAAAACCAGGUGCUCAGAUACAGCAGACUAAAAUGGUAUAUGUAUUUCAACGCAACUUGCUUGAAUGAAUUCAGCUAUAGGACGGUUUGUGCAGAUAUGGAUCAAAGUGGUGUAUACAGUCCUGUCCCUAAAUAUUCUGAUGAUCCACGUGAGAUGAAAUAUAAUCCAAAUCGAGUCAAUGUGGAUUGCACCCAUAUUUCUUCAAGAUCAGAAUCAAAUCCAAGCACAGAAGAAUUUAUGACCCCGAGUUCGAUUACAGAUCAUCGUAUGAAUUUAGAGACAGUUGUUUCCCAUUCUGUAACAAAUUGUAGUUUGGUUUGUCAGAAAUGCUGUUCUGUCCACAUUGAGAAUAGUAAUGUUACAAAUCCAAGGUGUUAUUCUUCACCAGUGUAUAAGGAAGUUGAGCAAGUCCCUCCCAGACUUGCUCCUGUCAGUGGUGUACUGGGUCAGAAUAUUUGUCAGGAUGUUUUAAGACCCAUUGCCUUUAAGCCAAUAAAUGAUAACCAGACAUUUACCCAGAAAAAAAUUACACAAGAACACUUAAAUUACCCAUUUCCAAAGAAAGAUGAACUUUGCAUAAGAAAUGUCAGGCUACAGAACAAGCUGUAUAAAGGGAAAACUCAAGAAAGAAAUAUAUCAACUGGCUUUUCUGGCGAUUUAUUAAACAUAACUGUUGCACCUGAACAUAACGCAAGUAGUUUAUUGCGCAGUGAUAAUCUUGUUGAUAAUCAAUCCCCAUCUGAUAGUAAUUUUGGGGGACUUGAAGUUGUGCUACGACAAAAGGUAGGUGAACUAAACAUGUUACGUGAUGUUAUGGACAAAAAUGAAAGAGCUAUAUUUCAAGUCUAUGAAGAGAAAAAGGAUGAGUGGCGCAGAGGAAAUAGAGAAAUUAAAGAGGCCUUUGACAGGCAACUUAAAACACAACAACGUAAGUCCUAUAAAACUGAACAAGUUCUGUUAUUGCAAAUUCAUAAACUGCAGCAAGAAAAACAGGAAAUUUUAGCAAGUUGUAACAGCCUGUCACGUGAGAAUGAAAUACUGCAUCGGCAGUAUGCAGCAAAAGAACAAGAAUUGAAAAAUUUACAAGUGGAACUUACAGCUAUGGCGGCUUGUUCAGGUAACACUAUUGAUGUCCUAUAUCCAUUACAGUUACCUCACAUGGUUGACAAGGUGACGGAGGACAAAUUUCAAUCAUCAAAAUUCUUGUCUGAAUGUGAAACUCAUCAAGAAACUUCAAAGCAAACUUUUGAAGCUUUCUGCAAUACUGAUGAUGAAAACAUUUAUCUGGGACAUUAUUUGUUUGAGAAAUCUGAAUACCGUGAAAACUCUAUGAAAUCUGUGGAAAUGGAUGAAGUUUCUCGCAUUGAUUUACUAAAACCUUCAUGUUUUUCUGCAAAUGAUGAGCUUGAAUGUUGUUUGCAAAAUGACCGGUUAAAAGUGAAAGAAAAGUUAGAUAUUACACAAAAUACAUUUGAUAGAGAACGGGAACAGUGGUUAAUUGAAAAGAACAAAGUAAUUCGAUACCAGAAACAAUUACAGCUGAAUUAUGUUCAAAUGUAUCGUAAAAACAGAAUGUUAGAAGCAGAAGUAGAGCAAUUGACUUUAGAACUUGAAAAUCGGGAUAUGAAAUUAAUGGCACUGAAUGGAGAAGAAUCUGUGUGUUAAUGUUUUAAAAAUUUGUGGUAAUAGAUAUAAACUUGAUUUGAACCAAUUUCUCCUCUAGGCCUACAUGUAGGUAACGAUAGUGAUUUUUACUAUCGAUAAUUGGUAUUGAAAUAUCGAUCUAUAAUCGAUAGUAUCGAAAAUAAGCUUAGUUUUAUCAUGGACCUUAUGUAUUUUAUCAAUUGUCAUAAAUACUCAACAGUGAAAGUUCAAAACCAUACGGAAGUUGCGAAAGAUCAUUUUUUACUCAUGUCCAACGUAAAAUUGGAAUACAAUAUAAAGCUUGUUACAUGUAUACAUUAUGUACAAGUAUAUGUAGGUAAAUUGUUGUUCAUUAUGAAAUGUAGCAUUGUUUCACAUGACGUAAUGGCGUAAAUAAUUAUGUGAAAGGACUAAAAUGAACAUGUUCCAAUUUCAUUACAGCAUGCGAUAAUAUCAAUAUGGCAGACAAUUUAAUAUCAAUUUGUGUGCCAAUAGGGAAACUUGUACAAAAAAAUAAAAGUAAUAAAACAACACAACUACCUGUUAGACUGAAAAAUAUAUAUCGCUUAAUUAAGAGUCUGUAUGCGAGAGGGGAUCACGUGGGUAAGACGCUAGCUCGCUAGCCUGGAAGUCGGGUGUUCGAUCCCUGCAUUGGCUGAGAAAGUUCAUCCAGAUUUUCCGGCGUGGUUCUCCCUUGUCAGUGAUGCAGGACGGAGGGGCAGACAAGGAAAGCUAUCUAGUCGUACACAUUGGCGUGCACGUAAAAGAUCCCUUGGCAGUUGGAAUUCGAUAUAAGAGUAGGCCAUAGUGCCGCUGUCCGGGCAAAAUUUCCCUCAUAGCACACUGUAUGGCGUAUGCCCGUCUUAAUUAGCCCAGGUUAGGAGCAGAACAGUAGGACGUUAAACUCCAUUUCAUUUCUGUCCGCGAGAGCUCCAUGCAGAGGGGGAUAACCCUUGGGUCGGGGAUUUGGACCAAUUUUUGUCUGUGAGAUUGGUUUGUACCCAGAUACAUCCCUACAAAGUAUUAGGUUGACCGUUGAAUCAACUGAUACCAAACUGGCAAAUCGGAGAAAUAUUUUUUAAAUUGAAAAAUACUCAGAAAAUGGGCUAUUUUGGCACUAAAUUUGGAUAAUCUGUUAUUCGGACAAUAAUUGAUUUAGACAGAUGUAAUUUUGGGUAUUAGUAGGACCACCCAGACUCCUCCUAUACACAGAGUUUUGAGUUUCUACUGCCAAGUCGGGGGGGGGGGGGGGGAUGGCCGAAUGGUUAGCACGUAUCAUAAAGCCUGUCAUUGAGUCAACUGGCGUGGUUUCGAAUUCCCGGUUUUACGUGACAAGGAGUAGGGUCGCCUGUCCAACCUUGUGGGUUUUCACUGGGUCCUCCGGUUUCCUCCCACUGCUAAAAGACCCCUACGCGCAAGCGAAUUAUUGAAAUAAAAUUAAACCAUAUGUUAGUCCCGAAAUGACCUAGUUUGUGUCGAGUGGACGUUAAAUCCCAUUUCUCUCUCUCUCUCUGGAGGCUCAGUGCGGAGGGGUGUCCAUCAAAUGGGCACAAAACGAGACCCAACUUUUCUAGAGUAAAAUUUUGCGUAGAAUAUGAUGCCGAGUGGUAAUCAGUUCACCGUUGGGGUGUUUUUGAGAUAUUCGUGGUCAAAGGUCAAAUGAGGUCAUUUGCACUGAAAGUGAAUGCGCAGCUGUAACGAAGUUAAUAAACAGUCCUUGCAGUUGAAGUUAUUGUAUCUCUUAUUCAUAAUAUUAAACGUCUGAGAGUUCGCUAGGCCUAUGGUUUGUUUACAUUCUCUGCUGACGAGCUGCCAACAUGGCGGCCAGAAGCAAUAGUAGAUCAGAAUAGCGCUCGAGAUUGAAUUCACCCUACCUUUAUUUCAAUGUUCAUUUAUAUUUUACUUGAUGGUAGCAAUUAUCUUCGGCAGGAUGGCCACUAGAAGAUAGUGCCCAUUGCCACCAAGCUGUGGCUUUCGCGGGCCUUGGGAAGGAAGUUACAUUAUCGUGACGUCACAAGCUAAGGCUAUUCAGGACAGAGCGCUCUUGGAAGUGCGCUUUUUAUGCCAUUAAUAUUUUAAGAAGGACUCCGCUCCAAGUAGAAUUAAAGAAAUAUAGAAAAACUUAUGGUAAGAGUCAAGUAGAGAACUUUUAAUUCACUUUAUAUAUUAUUCUUAUGAGAUAAUGAGUCCCAGAUUGAAGACAGUAGAUCAAUUCAACAUAAUGUUCCAAACCAGUGGCAGGACCAACCAGCACCAGCAGUAGGCUAACCCCAACCCACAGCCCCAGUAGGAAGCACCGGACCAGUACAACUCCAGGCCCCAACACUGGCAAUAACCCAACCCCGGUCACAUCACUGAUGAAAUUUCUGUGCGCCUCAUUCGGGGGGGUGGAGAUCAACAAAUUAAUGUAGUUAAUAUUAAUAUAAAUAAGGCCCGACCUGCUUUAACUUUCGCAUAUUUUGUACUGCCUCAAAUAUAUCUAGCCUAUAUAUCAUAAUACGUUUAAUUAAUAACUAAACACAGACAAGUGCUCUGAACACUUGUAAGGGAGAUAACUUUUAUUCACUUUCUCAAUUUUUGAAUUAUUAUAGCAUUUAAGAUGUUUAUCAAUAAACUGUUGACUAUUUGUACAACCUAGAAUGUCUUUCUCAUUUCAUUGAUUAGGUCCUUGUGCUAGGCUGGGAGCAAACUCACAAUACUCGUAUUGCGGGGUCACCUGGAAGUCUGUGGGGAAGACUACGUGUGUAACAAUUGUUGUCAGAAGUGGGAUUACUUAUUUUAUUUAAAUUACUACCAGUGUCUAGUUGACCUAGAAUAAAGUAGAGAAAAGACAUUGCUAGGAUUGAGUGGCCUACAAUAAAUAAAUAUAAGCUAGGGUUAUGAAUUAACGAUAAGUUUAAAAUAGGUUCACACACAUUAUACAAACACAUACAAAUAACAAAAAUUACACAUUAAAAUUAAGCUAGUUGAUCAGAGACCUAAUCAGUAGAAGAGAUCUACAAUAAAUUAAUCCCUAGAGGACUCAGAAGUACCGGUAAUUUUGAAUCUAGAAAACGCAGGCAGUCAACAUGGAGAGAAUGAGAAUGCAGAUUCCCCGGUGAUUUCACCCUCGCCCAUACCCUCGGCGAGUUAUCAAAAUUCUACCAUGAACAGUGAUAGUCAUGCUCGCUAGACAAAAUUGGGGAGAUAUUUGAAAUAUUCAGACAAGAUAUGCGGUGCGAAAAUGAAUGUAAUAUGGAUCAGGUGACUUCAACUCUCAUGGAAUAUAU